UUCUUUAGUAAUCUUUUGUAAAUUCCGCGAUAUUCAUUUGGUGCGGCGGCAGUGCAGUGUAGAGGAUAAAAUAGCAGUUAUGCAUAGUCUAUCGUUUUUAUUCUCAACUGAUGACAUGACCUUCGCCGAAAUUCACUUGUUAAAUAUAACAUCUCAAAAACUCAAUGCCAUACAAAGCUCUGGUAUUCCCUAUAUUAUUUUCCAGAUGAUAUUGAUUGGUUGAUUUUUGGCUGUAAUGUCCGGUAAAUGAGUAAGUGCAAUGUCCGACGGUUAGGGAAGGCAUCAUAAGGUAAAAGGCAGGAAUGUGGUUUGGUGGUUGAAAUAACAUAAAGGGAAGAAGAGGAUUGCUCCCCAUGAAUGGAUAUAUCGAUCUACGUUUACCGUCAUGCAUGCAGCCGGGCCUCUAGCCUGCGCUUUGUGUAUCCCCAACCCCUGAGGCAGUGUGCUUCCAGUAGGUGGAGGCUCUUCCUCCCUCUAGCCUCCAUUUUUCCCUACUGCCCCCAUGUUAACCCUCUUGAGCAUGUUUUACUAUAUCUGUCUGCGGCGACGCUCCAGGAGUGGGACUCGAGGCGAGGCUCUGACCAGUCGGCGGGCUGUGGAGUCAGGCCAGCGGGCAGUGUUGCCAGUCAGUGUGGAGGUGGAGCAGUAUGCCAAGGAGGUUCUGGAUUUCAGCUCCCAUUAUGGCAGUGAGAACAGCAUGUCCUACACCAUGUGGAACCUGGCCGGGGUACCCAACGUCUACCCCAGCUCAGGGGACUUCACUCAGACAGCUUUAUUCAGAGCUUAUGGGACAUGGUGGGAACAAUGUGCCAGUGCGCCACCACCUUUCCGACGAACCCCUAAAGGCUUCUACAGCCAGGAUUAUAUCGAGCUGGGCUUCGAGGAGCCUGUCUACCCUACAGCAGUGGAGGUGCUUGAGACUUAUUACCCUGGAGCCAUCGUUCAGAUUCUGGCCUGCUCUCACAACCCCUUCUCCCAGAACCCACCUACUGAUGUCAGGUGGGAGGUGCUGUGGUCAGGGUCACCCACCAAGGUGCUGACACCCCAGGCACGCCAGUUUUCCCCAACCAUCAAACAUAUCAACUUCCCCACCAACCUGCUGCGUCUGGAGGUCAACAGCUCUCUGCUGGACUACUACACCGAGCUAGAUGCUGUCAUCCUGCGCGGGGUAAAAGAGAGGCCGAUGUUGGCUCUCUAUAAGAUGCCUGUCAUCGACAUUAGUGAUCUGAGUGACAGCGAGGAGGAGCUGUCUGAUGUGGGAGGUCCUUUCAGACCCGGAGGAGACAGCAAGCAUCAGAGGACAGGCAAUGGCUACUUUGACAAACUGCCAUAUGAGCUCAUCCAGCUGAUACUGAGCCACCUGACCCUGCCAGACCUCAGCCGUCUGGCCCAGAGCUGUAAGCUGCUGCACCAGCACUGCUGCGACCCGCUGCAGUACACCCAGCUGAGUCUGCAGCCCUACUGGGGCCGGCUGAGUGACGCCUCCCUGGGACACCUGCAGAGCCGCUGCACCCUCCUUCAGAGGCUCAACCUGUCCUGGACCGGCAACCGCGGGGCGCUCACCCUGACCGGCUUCAGCAGCUUCAUGAAGGCCUGUGGUCUCAGCCUGGUCUGCCUGGAGCUGUCGUGCUGCCACUUCCUGAAUGAGGCCUGUCUGGAGGUCAUCUCUCAGACUUGUCCGGGGCUGCAGGAGCUCAACCUGUCCUCCUGCGACCGCCUCCACCCGCAGGCCUUCGCGCACAUCUCCAAACUCAUCCGCCUCCGCAGGCUGGUGCUCUACAGGACCAAGAUAGAGCAAACAGCUAUUCUGACCAUCCUGACUUUCUGCAUAGAGCUGAAACACCUUAACCUGGGGAGCUGUGUGAGGAUCGAGGACUAUGACGUUGUGGCCAGUAUGCUGGCUGCUCGCUGUCGCUCACUCUGCUCACUGGACCUGUGGCGCUGCAGAAACCUGACUGACCGAGGCCUGGCCGAGCUCGUCUCCGGCUGCAGGAUGCUGGAGGAGUUGGACCUGGGCUGGUGUCCCACGCUGCAGAGCAGCACCGGGUGUUUCCAGAACCUCGCCCGCAGCCUGCCCCGCUUGCGCAAACUCUUCCUCACCGCCAACCGCACCAUCUGUGACUCAGACAUAGAGGAGCUGGCCGCCAGCUGCCCGUCACUGCAGCACCUCGACAUACUGGGCACACGGCUGGUGAGUGCUGCCUCACUGAAGAAACUCCUCCAGUCUUGUCCGCAACUUCUCCUCCUGGAUGUCUCCUUCUGCUCACAGAUAGACAUACAGGUCGUCCAGGAGCUCUCGGGCAUCUUCCCCAAUGUGGCCAUCAAGAGGAGCUUCACUCAGUGACCCCCAGGGUCGUCUCAUUUCAUCAUCCACAGUCCAGAGGAAGGGAAGUGCUUGCCAGCAGACACUGCCUCAAAAUGAAUAAGAGUCAGGUCAGAUGCUGUAGGAGAUUGCUGACCUGCCUGCGUCUAUAUCACAGACAGGAUCUUCUUUUAGCGGUCAGUAAAUGAAGCAGUUGUGCUGGGUGAGGAGGUUCUUUGGAUUAACUGGCUGAACACAAACAACUACAGACUCCUAGUCACAGGAUUAUUUUAGUUUUUUUUUUUUUUUUUAACACUUGAAAUCAGGGUCGUUGCAGUAAAGCUGCUACAUCUUCCCAGAAUAUGAAUCACCACUUAUGUAUUGCCAAGCAACACAAGGCAAGGAAAUAUGCCUUGGUACUGGAUGCAAAACACAAAACAAAGCAACAUUUGUGAGUCCUCUUUUGAACAUCUUGUUAGGACAACGGAAAGGGACAAAACAAGUGUGAAACAUGAACUGAUUGGAAACUGCGAGAAAGCCAACAGUAAGAUUUGGUACUCACAUACUCAUGUUAGCUGGUAAGAUAAUUAAAGAUCAGAGCCUCUGUCAGUGCCUUGUCAGAAUGUGCAGCAGUCAUGGCCUGUUGUAAUGCUCGAGGGUCAUUCUGAAGGCAUCUGUCAACAUCAAGCCAGUGUGAGUUAAUUCUAAAAAAAUUAUACUUGAUGCUGUUGUUUGUGAAAGUAAUGGAGGAGCUUUAACGGUGAAAACAAAGGAUUGAACACAGCCUUAUUUCAUAGUGUCCUGUGGACACAGUGUCAACUCAAACCUUAUUGCAAGUAUGCACAAGCUAGUUUGUGUUGCAGAAUCGUGCACGAGGAUCUCAUGUUGAAAAGGAAACACCAUCAACUGUCCUGCACCUGAGAUUCACUGACAACAUGUUUUCAUCCAAAAAAAUAUGUGAGAACUUGUGAAAAAGCAGACUGAGUCGAGCUGUUUUCAUUUUCACAUGCCAAUAAACACCCAAUCAACAACAGACAGACGUCCCAAAACCCAAAGGUAUACAAUUUACAAUAAUAUAAAACCAAGAAAAACUGCAAAGUCUCGCAUUGGAGUAGUUGAAACCAGCGACUGAAAAAACUGACUGAAGCAUGUAGUAAAUAAUCCAAAGUCCAUGAUACAUUUCCUGUCAGUCAUCUUAUCAUUUCCAGCCCAUUCUCUCUCCCAAUGCAUCAAAUAUGGCAGCUUGGCCAGUGGCCCUAUGUUUCAGACUGUGACGCAGUAGGUACCCCUCUAUUGUAAUGUUUGAUGUAAAGUCAGGUGACGUAGUAUAGAGAACAAGGAAAGGCUGCAUAUGGAGGAGGUUGGGUGGCUCAAACACAGGACUUGUGUGGAAUGAUGAGAAACCAAAAGUGAAUGUUGACUUCUUUUUAACUUGAGUGUGCAAGUUAAGUUACAUAACGUACGUAACUGAAUUUACGUAGCUUGAUGUACGUAACUAACACACUUAUUAUAACCCAAACCUCGGACCUUUCCCAAACCUAACCUAGAAGUAGUAGCAGUAGUUUUGUUGCAUAAACCAAAUGUACUGGACAUUUGGUGCCUAAAUGUGUUUAUUAUUGUUCUCAGGAAGCUUUACGUUGAAAGUCUAACUGGAUGUUGCAUACAUUGCAUGCAAAAUUGACACUAGAAUGGUACAUAGAGCGUCAUAGUUUGAAGCUGCUGUAUUUGACCAAUUGGGAGCGAGAACAAAAAUUUGAUCACAAAAUAAGGACAAGUCUCCAACCUGGUGAAUGUUUCACUGCGUUUACCAUACAGAUGGAUACGAUAAUGAUCACUAUUCAUUUAAGAAGGUGCCGUCUUAAUCAAGCAUAUGACUAAAGACGUACUUUAAGCUGAACUUGAGACUGUUGUUGGAUGAGCUCUGAAGAGAAAAGCAGCAGAGCUAGCGUGCCUGAUCCAGGUCGAUGUCUGUUGAACUCUGCCCUCUAAAUUGAACGGGAUGUUUCACUGACAGUUGUGGUUCUAUGACAGACUUUUCAACAACUUACUCUGCUUAAGUGAAGCAAAAAUUCAGGUCAUGUUUUCAAGUCAGCCAGGCCUGAGUUAAUGUUAAUUGUGAAUCAUUACGGUCAUUAUUUUCAUUCGGAAUUGUUUCGGCUUUGUAGUUUUAAGAGAAGAGUGGGUGAAUUUUGUCUCCCAAGCUACACGUUGAAGCUUGAACGCUAACAGUUCCGCAGUGUUUUCGUGUCGCAUGCUUUUCCUGUUGUCAUUCACACCAAGCUCUCCCUCACCACUGUUUGACUGCAGCCACCCACGUAUGUACUUACCCACAAAAAGAUCCGCCAAUGGGAAGCAGCACUGUGGACUAAGCAGAGGAUCGUACGUUAAAAUGACACAGCGUAGAUGCUCUGUGACCUCAGUAUUUGUCCUGUAACUCAGGGGUUUUAAUAUUUCAUCUGGUUUUCUUUCUUCUUUCUUUCUUUUUUUAACAUAUAUUUUGCUCCAGAAACCAGCACAGCAGACAUCUUAACAGACAGAAACACCAGACUGAGUCAGCUUUGAGGUUACCUGCCAUCAGUGUUGCUCUUAAACAAAAGCGAUCAGUCAGCACUGAUGUGACACAGAGAGAAACAUUUCAGCUUGUGGGGUGUGGAAUGUUGCAGUAAUUGUAUGAUUGUGAAAAAAUAUAUUGCUGUUCCUGAUUAUUUAAUUUUUGUAAUAUAUGAAGCCACAGUUGCGAUGUGGCAGUGCUUGAAAAGCAUUUCUUUUUUGAAAACACUUGAAGUUUUCUUUUAAGCACAUGCUACUAGUCGGUAUUUGUGCCUUACUCCUUUUUGAAUGUGGUGUGACGUCCAUGUGGUAUAGAUUGUAGUGAAGUGCUUUGCUUUUAUGCCCUUCAACCAAAGUAAUAAGCAGAAACCUGGUCUUUAAUCCCGCAACUAUCUUUGACCAGUUUAUAUGCCAUAUACUGUAUAUCAGCCAUGGUAAUUAAUAUGCAACAUAAUAUUUAUUUGCCUGUGUGAUAAAAUGUUAUUUAAACACAUAAUCCAUAUAUACAGAAACAGUCAUGUACAUUUCAAGAAACGCCGUGUUUGGUUUUCUUUGCGGAGUGAAAUGAGAGGAAUGAUAUUAAUUUCAUCUCAUUGCAUUCAGCAUGUGUUAGCCAAGCUUUGCAGAGAGACUGGAAGGCUAUCUUUAGCCUAGCUCAGCACAAAGAAUGGAAGCAGGGGGAAACUGUUAGCUCUGUCAACGGUAGAAAAACAUGCCUCCCAGUGAGUGGAGCUCACGAUCCUCUGGUCUUGCAUCUUCCAGUCUUUGUGCAAAGCUAGGCUAAAAAUUGAUCAUUCUACUGGAUGCCCAGAAUUCAAGUAGAUAUCAACCCUCUAAUCGAAUAUGGGUUUGAUGGAAGACCCCUCAAAUGCUGGACUGUCCUAUUCAGAUUUUGUUUAUGUUGAAGUGGAUAUAUUUUCAGCUUCGCUCCUGUCUGAGCUGUGCUUUAAACAGAGUGUGUGGUAUCAGUGUGACAUACCAGCUCUCCCAUUCAGAUGAUGCACAUAUUCCUUCAGCGAGUGGAAAUCAGGCGGUCGAGGCUGACAGCAGUCUUAUUCUGGCUGGUUGACUGGAAGCCAAGAAGUGCGUACAUCACAUUUGCCUGGCCCACCCAAACCCAGGCAGUCAUUACUUCUUAUAUGUAUGUAGAGGUAAUUACUUCUACAAUGAAAACACUGAUAAUAUAUAGUGUGUAGAGCAACGAUCAACAGUAUGUAUUGUUAAGGCAGUCUAUCUGAAUGAAUCCACUAUUUGUGUUGUUUUAGCUCCCUGCCUUGAGUGAGUGGGUUGGCCCUGCUUUUCUGUAAUGAAUAUGCAUUCUCUCUCCCCCCCCUCUGGAUGUGUGAUCAACCUUGGUGCCAUUGGUCGGACACGCAGUGGUGCCCCCCGCGCCGCAGUGUGAACGCCACUGUUGUGUGAAAGGACUGUGCCUCUGUCGUGAUGAAACUGGGUGCUCCACUUUCACCAGAUUUGAAAUAAACUGAUGGCUG